GUUCCGACGGCAUGUGUGCGAACGACGCACCGUCUGGCCUUGAGACUGGUUGUGGUGCGGCGUGCGCUGGAACAGGUGCUGGCGCGGUGCGCGCAAAGUCCAAUGCAGCCGUGGGCGUGGAGUCUGGAGCAGUCGCUGGUGCCGCUGGCGUGGAGACUGGAGCAGCCGCUGGUGCAGCUGGCGUGGAGUCUGGAGCAACCGCUGGAGUGAUGCGCACAGAGACUGGUUCGGCGGGAGGUGCCGCAGGUGCGGAGAUCGCUCCAGUCGCUGGUGCAGUGCACAUGGAGACCGGGCCGGCUGGAAGCGUCGCUGGUGCCGCUGGCGUGGAGACUGGAGCAGCUGCAGGUGCGAAGCGCACGGUCUUCGGUGGCACAGGCGCGCAGGGCUGUCGAGGAGCUGGAACAGGAGGAAGGCUGAGAACAGCCGUUGUCGUGGCCCGGAGACGUUGGGAAGUCGGGCAUGAGGAGGCCGGCUCCGCUUCGGUCCGAAGCGAGCGUGUGGAAGCCACGUGAGUCGUUCGUGGUGCGGACUUAGGUGGUGCUCGUGAAGGGGCUUGCAUGGGUGUU